AGCUCAAAAUAAAAAUUAGGUAUAUUCUCGUAAAGUCAAGUGAGCCAUGACAUAUGAGCUCUUAUUGUGAGCACACAGUACGGUGGCAUCUUUCUAAGGUUUUUUUUAUUUUCCCAGCAAUCAGUACAACCAAGUCUUCGUUUUAAGGCAUCGCCCUCUUUUGCCCACCCCCCCAGCACCAGGUGUGGCCACUAGCCUAUAUGAAGGCCCAAAAUUGUGUGUUCCUUUCUGCUCUGACAAUGGCAUGCCCAUUCGUGCGAGAUGUGGUGGAUGAAGAAGCACUUGUGCUGAGGAGAGCCUUCAGGCGAGAAAGGGUCUUCAGGGACCGGUUGGACCCACUGGCCUUCCCUGAUAACCUGUAUCUUUCAUAUAGAUGGUCUUCUGCAGAUGGCAUCAGGUAUCUAUGCAGACUACUGGGUCCCAGGAUUAAGCACCGCACUGCACGGAGCCAUGCACUGAGUGUGGAGCAAAUGGUUUGUGUGGCCUUGCGCUUUUUUGCUAGUGGAGCCUUCCUGUACUCAGUGGGGGAUGCUGAACAAGGCCACAAUUUGCCGCACAAUAAGGAGUGUGUGUCUGGCUAUCAAAGCAUUAGCAGAUGUCUUCAUCUCCUUCCCUGGCCACAGAAGACUCUGUGACAUCAAAGAGGAGUUCUAUAGGAUUGCAGAUGGUCUGCAAUGCUGACUGUGUGAUCAGCAAUGUUGUGGCAAAAUGGCCUGGCUCAGUCCAUGACUCCAGAAUCUUUCGGGCCUCUGAAAUCUAUCAGUGCCUAUCACAAGGUGAAUUCUCUGGUGUGUUGCUGGGAGACAGGGGGUAUGGCUGCCAGCCUUUUCUCCUGACACCUUUCACAGACCCCCAGGAAGCACAGCAGGCCUACAACCAUGCCCAUGCCAGGACCAGGGCCAGAGUUGAAAUGACCUUUGGCCUCCUGAAGGCACGCUUUCACUGCCUUCACAAAUUAAGGGUCAGCCCUGUUAGGGCAUGUGAUAUUACUGUGGCUUGUGCUGUCCUCCACAAUGUGGCCUGCCUGAGGAAGGAGAGGGCCCCCAGAGUGCCACCAGCCAUGGACUGGGACAAUCCGGCAAUCUUCCCUGAUGACGACAGUGGUCGGCUGCUGAGGGACCAAUAUGUGUUGAAUUAUUUUAGUUAGUAUGUGUGCUUUCAAUUUUGGUUAAAUAUGUCCUGCGGUGGCAGAGGAAUUUGGGUUUUUUUUGGUUCGUUUUUUUACGAAUUUGGCCUCUUAUGAUGUUUGUGCGGUAUACUGUGUGUAAUACAAGGCUGCAGGGAGGCUACUGCAUCCAUUCAUUUGUCUGUUCAGUUGAUGUGUAUGGAUUUGUCCUGCAUUUAUUUUAGUGUGCAGACAUGCAGGGUGUGUUAUAUACAGACCUUUGAAUGUGUAUGUAUCAUUUUGUAUAAUAUGCUUGGAUUCUGUGCUUUCCAUCUUGUAGAGUCACUGACUUCAGUUUCGAAAGGAGCUGAUGGUUUACCUGCUUUGUUUUGUCCUUAUUCAAUAAAGGAACAAUGUUACACAUUGUGUUUUUAUAUUCAUAUGGAAUGUGUAUUUGUUUAUAUGACAGAGUACUAGGGCCACACUGAAGAAAAAGGAUAAAGUCAUAAAUUUGAGGCUGGUUCUUUCUGCAGAAAAGCUACAUAUUGUUUUGAUACUUAUGACAAUGUGAUACUUAAUAUUCUGGCACAUCAGCAUGUCUUUGUUUAUGAAACCAUACUGAAGUACAAUUUCACGAAAUGCCCCACAUCUGUCAUUUUAACAACUGUCCUCCUUUAAAACAACUGGUUACAAUAUUAUUACUUGUGUUUUUUUCCCCUCUGUGGCCCUAAUAUUCUAUCAUUUUAUAUAUAGCCUUAU